AUGGAUGGCCGCGACUUCGCGCCGCCGCCGCAUCUGCUGUCGGAGCGCGGGAGCCUGGGCCACCGCAGCGCCGCGGCCGCCGCGCGCCUCGCCCCGGCCGGGCCCGCCGCGCAGCCCGCCGCGCACUUCCCGCCCGGAAAGUACUUCCCGUCGCCGCUGCCCAUGGCCUCGCACACAGCCAGCAGCCGCCUGAUGGGCACCUCCCCGGCCUCCUCGUUCAUGGGCAGCUUCCUCACCGGCAGCCUGGGCUCCGCGGCCUCCACGCACCCCAGCGGCCCCGCCCCCGCGCCCUCGGAGCAGGCCUACCGCGGCUCGCACCCCGCCCCCUCCCAGAUCUGGUUCUCCCACUCCCACGAAGCUCCAGGGUACCCCAGAUUUUCGGGGAGCCUGGCAUCCACCUUCCUACCCAUGAGCCACUUGGAUCACCAUGGAAACAGCAACGUUCUCUAUGGACAACACCGUUUCUAUGGAGCCCAGAAAGAUAACUUCUACCUGCGCAACCUGCCCCCGCAGCCCACACUGCUGCCCACCAACCACAACUUCCCCGCCGUGGCCCGCGCCGCCCCCGCCCACCCCCUCGGCUCCUGCAGCCGCGACCGGGGCGAGGCCACCGCCCUCCAGAAGGGCGCCAAGGAGUUCGACCGCUUCCUCCUGGGCAAGGAGCCGGGCAAGGAGAAGGCGGGCAAGGCGCCGGAGGCCAAGGAGCGGGGGGCCGAGGAGGACGGCGGCGCGGAGCGGCACCGGCUGGCGCUGCCCCUGCCGGCCGACGGCCCCUGCAGGGAGAGCGCCGCGCCCAGGGGCCCCUGCGAGGGCCGCCCCAAGCCCCUCGCCUCCUGCCUCCUCAACACCAAGGUGCUCAAUGGCGAGGGGGGCAAGGCCACGCUGGCCAGCUGUGCGGGCGGCGGGCCCGGCGGGGUGCUGGUGCGCCCCGGCCUGGCCUCCGGACGCUGCCCCAAGGAGGCGGCGGGGCCCGUGGAGCCGGGGCCGGCCUUCAGCGAGUGCCUGGAGCGGCGGCAGGCGCUGCACCACGCGGCCUACACGGUGCCCUCCGGCCUGCCCGCCGGGCCGCCCCCGCCCCUCAGCACGGCCGCCGGCUCCUUCCCCUGCCUGCAGCUGCACGCCGGCCCCGACGGGCUCUGCCCGCUGCAGGACCAAGUCCCCCGGGACCUGAAGGCCAGCGGGCCCACCUUCGUGCCUUCCGUGGGACACCCGGCCGACAAGAGCCGCGCCUUCCCUGCGGCCGAGGCCUGCGCGGUGGCGGGCGAGGGCAGAGACCGGCACCUGGACGGGGCCCUGGCGCCCGACCACGCUGCGCACUACGGGGUCUCCUAUGCCCACCUGAAGGCCGAGGCCAAGGUCGAGCGGCGGCCCGCGGGCUUCGAGGCGGCCCCGAACCCCCGGCGGAAGGGCCUGGAGUACCUCCGCGGCGCGGGCCCCGAGGCCCCCUUCCCCGGGCUCCCCGCGGGCGCGCUGGACAAAGGCAGCUACUUCGAGCUGGCCGCCCCCUCCCAGGACUGCGUGCGGCCGGCUCACCAGGACCCUGUGGGUGGGAAGGCCGCCCAGGCCUGCUGCACUUUGGACAAGACGGCCGGCAAGGAGGGCCCCCCCGCACCCCCCGCGGCCCAGAAGGUGGCCCGGGUCCGGCACCAGCAGCACCUGGCGGCCCCCGAGAUGGAGCUGGGGGGCAGCGGGGCCGAGGCCAAGCGCCAGUCCCUGGAGCUGGCACCUCUGGGCUACGGGGGGCCCCAGCUGUCCCCGUGGGGCGUCCAGUCGGGCCAGGGCGCCCCCAUGGCCAUCGGCGAGGAGCGCAAGGGCGGCGGCUACCUGGACCCCUUCGGGGGCCUCCAGCAGGCGGCCCUCCGGCCCCAGGACCUGCCCGCCCCGCCCGACGAGGUCUCGGCCAUGAAGAACCUGCUCAAGUACAGCAACCAGGCGCUGGUCGCCGGCCAGAAGCCGCCCUUUGUGGGCCUGGGCGGCCUCAAGGCCAGCUGCGCCCAGCAGGACGUGAAGUUCCCGGCCUCCAAGGGCCCGGGCCAGGCCGCCGGCGAGGUGGAGAGGCCCGACUGUGCCCGCAGCCGGGAGCACGAGGCCCCGCACGGCGACGGGGAGGUGCGGCAGCCCCCCGUGGGCAUCGCCGUGGCCUUGGCCCGGCAGAAGGACACGGGGAGCCGGCCGGAGACGGCCUACGGCGCCAACCCCGGGCGGCAGAGCCGGGCGGCUCCCGCCCUCAAAGCUGGUGGCGGGCCCCGCUCCGCCCACGCGCUGGACCUGGAGGCCGAGGAGGAGCGGCGCCUGUGCGAGGACCGCCUGGGGCUGGCCGGCCGCGAGCUGCUGCUGCAGGACAAGGACCUCAUGGAGUUCGGCCGGAUGCACCCGUCCAGCUGCCCCCGGGACCUGGCCCCUCACCUCAUGCUGGCCGGAGGCUCCUCCCUGCAGAGCAGCCAGCUGGGCGGGGACCCGGCCGCCCACCCCCACCCCGCCCACCCCCCGUGGCUGCCCCGCACCCGCAGCCCCUCCUUGUGGAUGGGGGGCCAUUCCUACGGCCUGGGGCACCCGGCCCUGCACCAGAACCUGCCCCCCGGCUUCCCCGCCUCAGUGCCCGGCUCCAUGCCCUCGGUCUUCCCCCUCCCCCAGGACACCCCCGCCCAGCUGGUCCUCCUGCCCUCGGAGCCCACACCCCACAGCGCCCCCCACGCGCUCGCGGACGUCAUGGACCAGGCCUCGCUGUGGCCCCCCAUGUACGGGGGCCGGGGCCCCGCCUCCCACAUGCAGCACCCGGGCCAGCUCCCCAUGUACUCUCGGUCCCAGUUCCUGCGGCAACAGGAGCUGUACGCCCUGCAGCACCCGCCUCAGCACCCGCCUCAGCACCAACAGCCCCCGCCGCCGCCCCAGCCCCCGCCGCGGGCCGCCCAGUUCCAGCGGAAGCCUGAGGACCACUCCCUGGAGCUGGAGGAGCCGGCCCCGGACAAGGCCCUGAAGUCCACCCACAAGCCAGUUGCCUUAACCCCCACGGCCAAGGGCGCCCCCUCGCCCGCCACCGCAGGCUCCGCCAAGCUGCCCCCCUGCUGCCACUCUCCCACCUUGAAGCCCCCCGCCAGCUGCCCCCCGCCGCUGCCACCCCCUGGCGCCCCCUGCACUUUAUCCGCCUGCCCUGGCGGCAGCCCCCGGCCUGGCUCCCGGCUGCCCAGCAUGGAGGACAGGAGUGGGGAGGGCCGGCAGGCAGGAACCAACCUCAGCACCUCGGAGCCAGACCUGCCUCCUGGACACACGUGCCCUGCAGCCAGCUCGGGCUUCUCCCUGCCCCGCCGCGUGCACUCAUCGGACCUCUCAGACCCCAAAACUAUGCAAAGCCCUGCCCCCCGGGCCCCGCCGGAGCCCUUGAGGAUGCCUGCGCCCGGGGAGCCGUCCUGCCGACGCCCCCAGAGCCCCGAGGAGCCUGGGCUGCCCUUGGGGGCCAGGGAGGACCCCCAGGACCUUGCUGCCGUCCCCCACCCUGCCGAGCGGGGCCCCCCAGGGAAGGCAGUGGACCCCAGCCCGCUGGAGGGGCUGCAGGAACUGCGAUGCGUGGCCCUCCUCCAGGGAGGGGGCCCCGAAGCCACUGGCCCGGCUAAUUCUCAGGGAGGGGCCCACGGGGAGGGGACUACAGGGGAGGGGAGCGAGGAGGGGGCGCCAGGGCCCUCACGGGGGGCUGGCCCCCCGGCUCCGGAGCGACAGGCGGGGAGCCCCCGAGCCCCGGACCAGGACGAGCGGGACGCAUGGCAGGCGCCCGGGGAGGCAGGCCCAGAGGAGGCCCUGUUUGAGGAGGACAGACUGGAGGAAGGAGAGGAAGAGGGGGACUGGGGGGCGACCCCCGACCACAGCCGCCUGCCCCGGGUGCUGCUGGGCCUGGACGCCCUGGUGGCAGCCACCAUCGAGCUCGGGGACUUGCCUGGCACAGGCCCUCAGCCCCCCGCGGCCCCCGCGCCCCCCAGCCCCGCCCCCCUGCCCCCCAGCUCAGGGAUCCCCGGCCUCGCCCUGCUCGGCGAGCUGGCCGACCUGGACCUCCAGCCUCCGCGGAGCGAGCCCGCCCUGCCAGAGGAGGAGGAGGCCGUGCUGACCUUCAACCUGCAGCGCCUGGCCACGCUGGCCUCCGCCUGGUCCCUGCUGGAGGCCGCCAGCCGGGGCAGCCCUCGCCCCUCAGCCCCGCCCCCUGCCACCAACCCCCGCGGGGUCCCCACGCUCACCCCCCGAAUGCAGAUCCUCCAGCGCAAGGACACCUGGACCCCUAAGACCAAGCCUGUGUGCCCCCUGAAGGCCGCCAUCGACCGGCUGGACACGCAGGAGGUGGAGCUGCGCGUGCAGCUGGCGGAGCUGCAGAGGCGGUACAAGGAGAAGCAGCGGGAGCUGGCCCGCCUGCAGCGCCGGCGCGACCACGAGAGGGACGAGAGCUCACGGAGCCCAGCGCGGCGAGGGCCCGGCCGACCGAGGAAGCGAAAAUACUCCAGCUUGCUGCCCGCCCUGCGUCCUGGGGGCCAGCUCCCCAGAGCCGACGUCAAGAAAGUCAAGGCGGUGCGGCCCAGCCUGAGCCUGCUGUGCGCCGAGCUUCGGGGCGACGAGGAGCCCGCAAAGAAGCGGAGCCGCCUGGAGAAGGGCGUCUACCUGGGCCUGCAGCCCGGCUCCGCGGACAAGGUCCGGUGCGCGAAGAGCCGCGGGCAGGGGGAGCUGGCGGCCACCGUGGCCCGCAAGGCGGCCCAGCUGAAGCCCAAGGUGAAGAGCAAGGGGCUGCCCGCGGGCCUCGGCCCGUUCCCCGGGGGGCGCGUCCGGAAGAAGCUGUCCCGGGCCCAGAGCACCAAGGCGUCCGCGGCGGCCAGACACCCCGCUCCGGGCGGCCCCGAGGGCGCCGGGGAGACGCCCAGGUUCCCGGCCCUGCCCGCAGGGGCCACGGAGCACGAGGCAGGCAAUGGCUCCGACAUUGAGAGCUGCGAGGGCUUCCUGGGGACAGAAGUGCCCCCCAAAGAGCCGGGGCCGGCCCUGCACGCGGGGGCCACCGUGGCGGUGCUGGGGCCCUCGCCCUCCUCCGUGGUGAAGAUGGAGGCCAACCAGAAGGCCAAGAAGAAGAAGGAGCGGCAGGGCUUGCUGGGGGCCUGCCGCCUGUCCAGCCCCGAGAGCGAGGUCAAGAUCAAGAGGCGGACGGCGAAGGCCGCGGUGGGCCCCGCGCUGGAGCGGGCGCCGGGCCGCAGGCCCCCGGGAGCCCCCGGCAAGAAGAAAGCCAGGGGCAAGGCCAGAGGCGGCCUGCGGGCCGAGCCCAGGGCCACGCCAAGCAGGGACGCCCUCUUCGGCCCCACCCGGGCCUUCCCCUGCCCGGAGGGCGGCCCGCUGGCCAGCGAGCGCCUCAAGAGGGCCACACGCAAGAGUACCAUGCUCCAGCCAGGGCUGCGGCGCAGGAACGGGGCCCUGCCCCUGGCCCUGUCGCCCCGCAACGCCAAGGCCGUCCUGGGGAAGGGCAGGAAGGCCGGCAGGAGGACCAGCAAGGCCGUCGGCAAACAGGGCAAGGGCCACGCGGUGAGCCGGCUGCUGCACAGCUUCUCCGUGGACGAGGACUUCGAGUUCGCCAACAGCAGCAGCUUCUCGGAGGACGAGGACGAGGACGAGGCCAGUGGGCCCCUGAGCGCCGAGCAGAGUGCAGCCCUGGCGCGCUCCUGCACCAUCCACAAGGAGGACCUGCAGGACGGGCUUCCCGUGCUCAUCCCCAAGGAGGACAGCCUGCUGUACGCCGGCAGCGUGCGGAGCCUGCAGCCGCCCGACAUCUACAGCAUCGUCAUCGAGGGCGAGAGAGGCAACCGGCAGAGGAUCUACUCGCUGGAGCAGCUGCUGCAGGAGGCGGUUCUCGAUGUCCGGCCGCAGUCCAGCCGGUUCCUCCCGCCCGGCACGAGGGUCUGCGCCUACUGGAGCCAGAAGUCACGCUGCUUGUACCCAGGCAACGUGGUCCGAGGCAACUCCAGCGCCGAGGAGGAGGAGGACCGGGACUCCGUGGUGGUGGAGUUUGACGACGGGGACACGGGCCACAUCGCCGUCUCCAACAUCAGGCUGCUGCCCCCGGACUUCAAGAUCCAGUGCACGGAGCCCUCGCCGGCCCUGCUGGUGUCCAGUAGCUGCCGCAGGACCAAGAAGGCGUCCUGUGAGGCCCCCCCGCCCAGCGAGCCCGCCGCCCCCAGCCUGUCCCCCAAGGCGCAUGAGGGCCCCGAAGCCUCGAAGGCCCCCGGGAGGAAAUCCGUCAGCAAAGACAGAGCUGGCAAAGCGGAGCUCCUCACCUCGGGUGCCAAGGCCCCCACCGGCCCCCCGGACCACUUCCUGGGCCGCCGGGCCAGCCCGCUGCUGAGCUGGUCCACGGUGGCGCAGACCAAGCGGAAGGCGGUGGCCACGGCCGGGGGCAAGGGCCCGGGGCUGCUGCAGAACCUCUUCCAGAUCAGCGGCGGCGCCAAGCGGCUGCGGGCCCGCGAGGCGCUGUUCCCGGUGCACAGCGUGGCCGCGCCCGUGUUCGGCAACGGCUUCCGCGCCGACUCCUUCAGCAGCCUGGCCAGCUCCUACGCGCCCUUUGUGGGCGGGGCCGGGCCGGGCCUGCCGGGGGGCGCCCACCGGCUGCUGCGGGCCAAGAGGGCCGAGCGGGGGGAGGCCGAGAAGGGCGGGCGGCGGCGGGCGGGCGGCGAGUUCCUGGUCAAGCUGGACCACGAGGGCGUGACCUCCCCCAAGAACAAGAACUGCAGAGCGGUGCUCGUGGGCGACAAGGACCUGGGCCCCAAGCUGGGGCGGCCCCUGCCCGGCGCCGGCUACGCGCACCCCGCCCUCGCGGGCAAGGACCGGAAGGGCCGGGCGCCCGUGCCCCCGCUGCCCAUGGGGCUGGCGCUGCGCAAGUUCGCGGGCCAGACCGAGUACCCGCUGCCCUGCGACAGCGACUGCCACAGCUCCUACUCGGACGAGGACGAGGACGGGCCCGGGCUGGCGCCCAGCGUGCCCUCCCGCUUCCUGGCCCGCCUGUCCGUGUCCUCCUCGUCCUCCGGCUCGUCCACCUCCUCCUCCUCCGGCUCCCUGUCCACCUCCAGCCUCUGCUCCUCCGACGACGAGGGCUCCUCCUUCAGCUCGGACGACGGGGACCCAGCCCUGCUGCUGCAGACCUGCCUCGCCCACCCGGCGCCCGCCCUCCUGGCCCAGCCCGAGGCCCUGCGCCCCAAGGCGGGCGGCCCGCACGCCCACGCCCAGCGCUGCUUCCUGUCCAGGGCCGCCGUGGCGGGGGGGGGCGCGGGGCCCAGCGGCGGCAAAUCCAAGCUCAAGCGCAAGGAGCCCCUGAGCUUCUCCAAAGCCAAAGAGGGAUCGCGGCGGCAGCGGCUGCCGUCCGUGGAAAACCGGCCAAAGAUCUCCGCCUUCCUGCCGGCCCGGCAGCUCUGGAAGUGGUCGGGGAGCCCCACGCAGCGCCGCGGCAUGAAGGGCAAGGCCCGGAAGCUGUUCUACAAGGCCAUCGUGCGCGGCAAGGAGACGCUGCGGGUGGGGGACUGCGCCGUGUUCCUGUCGGCCGGCCGCCCCAACCUGCCCUACAUCGGCCGCAUCGAGAGCCUGUGGGAGUCCUGGGGCAGCAACAUGGUGGUCAAGGUCAAGUGGUUCUACCACCCCGAGGAGACCAAGCUGGGCAAGCGGCACCGCGACGGGAAGAACGCGCUGUACCAGUCCUGCCACGAGGACGAGAACGACGUGCAGACCAUCUCCCACAAGUGCCAGGUCGUGGGGCGCGAGCAGUACGAGCAGAUGACGCGGAGCCGCAAGUGCCAGGACCGGCGGGACCUCUACUACCUGGCGGGCACCUACGACCCCGCCACGGGGCGCCUGGUGACGGCCGACGGCGUGCCCAUCCUGUGCUGAGCCUGCGCCCGCCGGGGUGCCGCGUUCGGAGCCGGGGGGACUCGGACAGACGCCGCCGGCCGCCCCGCCGAGCGGGAGGUGGGGCGAGUGAACAAAUAUGCAAACCAGCGAGGCAGGAUCCAGGCCUUUUGUUGCCCUGGAGAGAGUGCCGCCUCGGCACCCAGCCCCCCCCGCCCGCGGGCGCCGUGCCCGCCGGGACCCCGUGCCCGCCGGCCCGCCUGGCCCUCUGCCGCCCCCGCCCCUCCCCGCGGCUCACGAGAGAGUAGAAUCCAAGCCAUAUCUUCCCUAGUACCUCCGACUGUCCCACCAGGGAGAGAGAAUCAGGUGUCUGUCUAUUUAUUUCUCUGUACAUAGUGUGUUUCUGCGGGAAGUUUUAUGAAAAAACACGCGGGACAGGACUUGUUUUCCCGCGUGCGUGACGAGGAUGUGCGUAUGCGUGCGUGUGUGCGGGUCUGUUCUGGGGUUUUCUUUGAAAUGCACUGUCUCCUCAGCCUGGCUGCGUCCCGGCUGGGCGUCUGUGACCACGGGGGCGGGGGCCGGGCCGAGCUCGGGGGGGGCCGUGUCAAUGGAGGCCACACGCGAGUUUAUUUCACGUGACUCCAUCUCCUGGGCAGAACGUGUUGGGGGGGCCCCUCGGGAGGGGGUUCCUGGAGCGGAAGUACA